AUGAUGAUGGGAUGGACCAACCCUCUUGAUGCAGUUGGGGAGCGUUGCGCAGGGUAUAAAUCCUCUCAAUGUUCAUUCUCAUCCCUGUUUUCCCUCUCACACCCUCCUGCUCGUCAUCUUGGUGGAAGAAUGGCUCCUAAAAAAGCUGAACUGAAGAAGGAGGCAGCAAAGCCAGCACCCCCUCCUGAACCAGAGAAACCCAAGGAGCCUCAGUUUGACCCAAAAAGCAUCAAGGUUGAGUUUACAGCUGACCAGAUUGAAGAAUUUAAAGAGGCCUUCAUGCUAUUUGACAGAACACCUACUGGUGAAAUGAAGAUCACUUACGCCCAGUGUGGGGAUGUCAUGAGGGCGCUGGGUCAGAAUCCUACAAAUGCUGAGGUCAUCAAAGUACUUGGCAAACCCAAACCUGAGGAAAUGAACACCAAACUGAUUGACUUCGAGACUUUCCUGCCUAUGUUCCAACAUGUGUCCAGGUCCAAAGAUCAGGGCACGUUUGAGGACUUUGUUGAGGGUCUGCGAGUCUUUGACAAGGAAGGAAAUGGCACUGUAAUGGGUGCCGAACUUCGCCAUGUACUUGCAACGUUGGGUGAGAAGAUGACGGAAUCAGAGGUAGAACAGCUGAUGGCAGGACAGGAAGAUGCAAACGGCUGUGUCAACUAUGAAGCAUUUGUUAAACACAUCAUGGCUGGGUAAACAAAUAAGGCACUAAUGUGACUGUCCUCUGCAGUUAUCAACAGUCCUUCAGCCCAGCUCUCUGCUCUCUAAUGCCCUUGAACUAGUUUUCCUGUAUGAGAUUUAGUCUUUGCAUUUUUUUUUUUUUUUUUUUUACUUGUGUUGCAUGGUUUCUGGUCUGAAAAAGCACAUUUUAGGUACUCCAGAUUUGAUUCUUGAUCAUCUGGUAAAUGCUUUUGAAUGCUUUUAGACAGGACCAUGCCCAGGGUCAUAAUUCGUCUCUGGUCUGAGUACUCGAUUCUGAUUGGCUGGAAGAUGUGCAUUAAAACCAUUUCAUUCACAGGUUGUUCCAAGUCAGUUUAUUCACUGUUCUGUAUUAAUGCGCUGCUUUCAUUUAAGCACACACACAAACACGUCACUCGCACAUAGAAAGCACAGAAACUGGUUGUCAACGCUGCCCUGUGACAUUUAUUAAUAAAUUAGCUUUGCUACUGAAUCAAUGCAUUAUAUUACGAUUGACCAAUCAGAAUCCAGUAGCCUCUUCAAGAGUGGUUAGAUUUUUGUCUGUAAACACACUUGAUUAUGUUACAGACAGCUCAUCCACACGGAUUAAUGAUGGACAUGUAUGGGUCCACAGCUGACAAGUGUUAACUUACAGACCAGAACAGCUCUCUAAAGGCUAUUGUAUUUUCCUUGCGUGUCCUUGAGGCUCAUGGCAACGGAGAUAUUGUCAUUUGUUUCUCUUAUUGUUGGUCUUGACUGGAACGCAAGCAUCUCCUUUGAUUUUUCAACACAAUGAUGAAUAAAUAGCAUAUUAGCUUCAGCUGUGUCCUGUAGGAUUGAGAAACAGUGAGGCAGAGCAGGCUAUUGUGUUACCGACACAUGGAGAGGGAAGACACACAAAACACGGUCUAUAAGCAGAAGUACAAAAAGGGAUUGUUCUCUGUAUCACUGUGAUGAUUUUCAUGCUAAAUAUAUCUACAGCCUGAAAUAAACUGCUACUUCC